AUGGGAGAACUUUUGAAGAACUCCAUCUUCUUCUCAGAUCAACACCUUUGCCACGCCGAUAUCCUUUCUCCGUCCGAUGUUCGAGCUCGGAUCGAAGUCGCGGUCCUCAACUUCCUGAAAAAUCUUAAUUCAGCGGCGUCAUCAGUACCUGCUUUGCCUCUGAUUAACCGGAAAACGAGCAAUAGUAGAGUCAGUCGAGGGUUGCUAACCGAGCACUCGAAGAUUUUUCUUUCGCAUUCCUUUUGUACGCAGUCUUUGAUGAAUGAGAACACUGCCAAUUCAUUUAUAAGAGUGUGGAAGGUGAUGGAGAUGUGUUAUCAGAUUCUGGUUCAAGAAAAGAAAGUAACUCAGCGGGAGUUAUAUUACAAAUUGCUAUGCGAUUCACCUCAGCUUUUCACUUCUCAAUCACAGGUCUACCGGAGUGUACAAGAUGUGGUGGCAUUGCUUAAGUGCAGCCGGUAUAGCCUUGGGAUAAUGGCUUCUAGCAGAGGAGCAGUUGCAGGCCGUCUCUUGCUGCAGGGGCCGAAUCAAGAAGUCGUGGACUGCUCUGCUUGUGGAUCUUCUGGUUAUGCCAUCUCUGGAGACCUAAAUGUGCUAGAAAAUUUGGUUAUGAAGAGUGAUGCUAGAUAUAUCAUUGUGGUGGAGAAGCACGCCAUUUUCCAGAGGCUAGCCGAGGAUCGUAUAUUCAAUCAAAUUCCCUGCAUUCUCAUCACAGCCAAAGGAUAUCCAGACAUUGGCACCAGGCUUUUUCUUCAUCGAAUGAGUCGAGAAUUUCCCGAACAUCCAAUUAUUGGGCUUGUUGACUGGAAUCCAGCUGGGUUGGCAAUAUUAUGCACCUUCAAGUACGGAAGUGUUUCAACGGGUCUGGAAGCUUACAGAUACGCUUGCAAUGUCAAGUGGCUUGGACUACGCAAGGAUGACAUAGAGCAAUUCGUACCGGAAGAAUCUCUGGUCCCACUGAAGAAACGUGAUCAUCAAACUGCCAAAAACUUGUCUUCCUCGGAGAUUUUGCAGGAUAAUUACAAAGAAGAACUUGCCGCCAUGAUUGAAAGUGGCCAUAGAGCAGAAAUAGAAGCUCUUUACUUCCAUGGAUACGAUUUCUUGGCCAAGUAUAUUGGAAAAAAGAUUGUGCAAGCGGAUUAUAUAUGA